AUGUUCGGGUUCAAUGUGAACAAGCUCAAGCCGAACCUCACGAUGGCGGUGCACCGCAUCGGCAUUGUCAAGAACAAGAAAGCCCACGCAGCUUUGGCACAGCGUCGUGAAGUCGCGCGGCUUUUACGCGAAGGAAAAGAAGAAAAAGCUCGCAUUCGGGUCGAAGGAAUCAUACGCGAUGACUUUACUAUCGAAGGCUACGAAAUCUUGGAACUGCUGUGUGAUCUCCUGGCGGAGCGAGCUAAUCUGAUCAAGAGUGAAUUUGACUGUCCAUGCGAUAUGCGCGAGGCAGUGUGCACGCUUAUGUGGGCAGCCAGUCGGACGGAAGUCCCCGAGCUGGCAGAGGUGAAGCGACAACUCACGAAAAAGUACGGGCAGGAUUUCGAAGCAGCAGCGAGUCGCAAUGUCGGCGGGUGCGUGAACGAGCGCGUGAUGCAGAAGCUCAGUGUGCAACCGCCGAGUGCGUGCCUUGUUGUGAACUACAUGAAGGAGAUUGCGCGAGAGUUUCACGUGGACUGGAAUCCCUAUGAAGCCCAGGCGGUGGAACCGCUGGCACCGAGUCCAAUACUCACAGGCUAA